AUGUCGCAUCGCGUUCUGGUCAUUGGCAGCGGCGGUCGGGAGCACGCGAUCUGCUGGAAGUUGUCGCAAUCUCCGAAGGUGGCCCAAAUAUACGCACUGCCGGGCAGCCAUGGCAUCCAGCUGGUGGAGAAGUGUCGGAAUCUGGAUGCCAAGACGUUGGAUCCUAAGGACUUCGAGGCUAUUGCUAAAUGGAGCAAGGAGAACCAGAUAGCCCUGGUGGUUGUGGGACCCGAAGAUCCCCUGGCUUUGGGCUUGGGCGAUGUGCUGCAGAGCGCUGGAAUCCCCUGCUUUGGUCCCGGCAAGCAAGGUGCCCAAAUCGAGGCGGACAAGAAGUGGGCCAAGGACUUCAUGCUGCGCCAUGGGAUUCCCACAGCGCGUUACGAGAGUUUCACGGACACCGAAAAGGCCAAGGCAUUCAUCAGAAGCGCUCCGUAUCCAGCUCUGGUGGUGAAAGCUGCUGGAUUGGCCGCGGGCAAGGGCGUGGUGGUGGCCGCCAAUGCGGAGGAGGCCUGCCAGGCGGUGGACGAGAUCCUGGGAGAGCUGAAGUACGGACAGGCGGGUGCCACGCUGGUGGUGGAGGAGCUGCUGGAGGGCGAAGAGGUUUCCGUUCUGGCCUUCACCGAUGGCAAAAGUGUGCGCGCCAUGCUGCCAGCCCAGGAUCACAAGCGUCUGGGCAACGGCGACACUGGACCAAACACCGGAGGCAUGGGCGCCUACUGCCCAUGUCCGUUGAUCAGCCAGCCAGCACUGGAACUGGUGCAAAAGGCAGUGCUGGAACGGGCUGUGCAGGGUCUGAUCAAGGAGAGAAUCAACUACCAGGGUGUACUCUAUGCGGGACUCAUGCUGACACGCGAUGGUCCCCGUGUGCUGGAGUUUAACUGCCGGUUUGGAGAUCCGGAGACCCAGGUAAUUCUGCCGCUGCUCGAAAACGAUCUGUUCGAGGUGAUGCAGGCUUGUUGCAGCGCAAAGCUGGACAAGAUUCCCCUGCAAUGGCGCAAUGGAGUGAGUGCCGUGGGUGUGAUCCUGGCCAGUGCUGGCUAUCCGGAGACCUCCACAAAGGGUUGCAUCAUAUCGGGACUUCCGGCUGCCAACACGCCCACCCAACUGGUCUUUCACAGCGGCCUUGCCGUGAAUGCACAAAAGGAAGCCCUUACGAAUGGCGGUCGCGUUCUCAUUGCCAUCGCCCUGGACGGCAGCUUGAAGGAGGCCGCUGCGAAGGCCACCAAAUUGGCGGGCAGCAUCACUUUCUCGGGUUCUGGAGCUCAGUACCGAACGGACAUUGCCCAGAAGGCGUUCAAAAUUGCCAGUGCCAGUGCCCCGGGCUUGAGUUACAAGGACAGUGGAGUGGACAUCGAUGCUGGAGAUGCACUGGUGCAACGCAUCAAGCCCUUGUCUCGGGGCACCCAGCGCCCGGGCGUCCUUGGCGGCUUGGGUGGAUUUGGAGGACUGUUCCGCUUGAAGGAACUCAGCUACAAGGAGCCAGUCAUUGCUGAGGCCACUCAGGGAGUCGGAGCCAAGAUCCACCUUGCCCUUGAGCACGAAUUGUAUGAAAAUGUGGGCUACGACCUGUUUGCCUUGGCUGCUAAUGAUGUCCUGGAAGUGGGUGCCGAGCCGGUCGCCUUUCUGGACUACAUUGCCUGUGGCAAGCUGCAAGUUCCAUUGGCCGCCCAGUUGGUCAAGGGAAUGGCUGAUGGCUGCCGGGAUGCGCGAUGCGCCUUAGUGGGUGGUGAGACUGCAGAGAUGCCCUCUCUUUAUGCUCCCGGUCAGCACGACAUGGCUGGCUAUUGCGUUGGCAUAGUGGAGCAGUCUCGAAUCCUGCCCCGUUUCGAUCUUUACCAGCCGGGUGACCUGCUCAUCGGUCUGCCAUCAUCUGGACUCCAUUGCGCCGGCUUUAAUGAGAUACUCACCCAGUUGGCGGCAUCCAAAGUGAAUCUCAAAGAGCGCUCUCCCGUGGACGGAGGCGACGAUGGCCUGACCUUGGCCCAUGUCUUGGCCACGCCCACUCAACUGUAUGUCCAGCAGCUGUUGCCUCAUCUUCAGAAAGGAGAUGAGAUCAAGUCUGUGGCUCAUGUGACCCAUGGUCUGCUGAACGAUGUCCUCCGUCUUCUUCCCGAAGGAUUCGAGACAACGCUGGAUUUCGGUGCCGUCCCAGUGCCCAAAAUCUUUGGUUGGCUGGCCGGAAAGCUAAAGCUGAGUGCCCAAACGCUUCUAGAGCGGCACAACUGCGGCAUUGGCAUGGUUCUAAUCCUGCCUCAGUCAAGUCAGCUGUGGCGAACGUCCCUUCCGGGAGCCAAAGUGCUGGGUGUCCUGCAACGGCGGUCAAAGGUUGGUGGAUCACCCGUCCAGGUGCGCAACUUUGUGGAACAACUGGAGAAGGUGGCCUCGCCGUUCGGUGGUAUCGGCGAUCGGGAAUUGCCCGAAGAACUCAAGAAACUUCCUUCCAACUCGGAUUUAACAGCUCCUCGCGAGGAAUGCUUCGAAAAUGCAGCUGGUCGUCGGCUUACGCGCAUACCCACCCACUACCAGGACCCCAUUCUCAUCCUGGGCACCGAUGGAGUGGGCACCAAGCUGAAAAUAGCGCAGCAAACGAAUCGCAACACGAGCGUGGGCAUCGACUUGGUGGCCAUGUGCGUCAACGACAUCCUCUGCAAUGGAGCCGAGCCAAUCAGUUUCUCAAGCUACUAUGCCUGCGGCCUCUGGCAGGAGCAGUUGGCCAAGGAGGUUCACUCCGGGGUUCAAGAGGGCGCCAGGCAGGCGAACAGCAGUUUCAUUGACUCACACAGUGCAGCUCUGCCACUGCUGUACGGACCACAGGUCUAUGAUCUGGCUGGCUUCGCUUUGGGCAUAGCAGAACACUGCGGAAUUCUACCCCUCUUGGAUGAAAUCCAGCCAGGAGAUGUGCUCAUCGGCUUACCUUCGUCUGGCGUCCACAGCAACGGAUUCAGUUUGGUUCACGCCGUUUUGAAGCGAGUGGGCUUGGGUCUGCAUGACAAGGCGCCUUUUAGUGAGAAGACGCUGGGCGAGGAGCUGCUGGUACCCACCAAGAUCUACGUCCAGGCACUGUCCACUCUGCUCUCCCGCGGGAAUCACGGCAUCAAGGCACUAGCCCAUAUUACAGGAGGAGGCCUGAGCGAGAAUAUACCGCGAGUGUUGCGUAAGGAUCUCGCCGUACGCCUGGAUGCCAAUAAGUUCCAGCUUCCGCCCGUUUUCGCCUGGCUUGCAGCGGCCGGAAAUAUUAGUUCCACUGAGCUGCAGCGCACAUAUAACUGCGGCUUGGGUAUGGUCCUGGUGGUGGCCCCCACGGAAGUCGAGAACGUUCUCAAGGAGCUGCGUUAUCCGCAAAGAGCAGCUGUGGUCGGCGAGGUGGUGGCCCGCAAGGAUCCGAAGAAGCCGCAGGUGGUGGUCCAGAACUUUGAGGCGUCAUUGACCAGGACACAAAAGAUGCUCUCCCAGCGUCGGAAACGAGUUGCUGUCCUCAUUUCGGGAACGGGCAGCAAUCUGCAGGCAUUAAUAGAUGCAACGCGCGACUCGGCACAGGGUAUCCAUGCCGAGGUUGUGCUGGUAAUCAGCAAUAAGCCUGGUGUCCUGGGUCUGCAGCGUGCCACGCAAGCCGGAAUACCUUCGUUGGUCAUCUCUCACAAGGAUUUCGCUAGCCGAGAAGUCUAUGACGCGGAACUCACGCGAAAUCUGAAGGCGGCUCGGGUGGAUCUGAUCUGCCUUGCCGGCUUUAUGCGUGUCCUUAGUGCUCCAUUCGUUCGGGAGUGGCGUGGACGGCUCGUCAAUAUCCAUCCCUCGCUGCUGCCCAAGUAUCCUGGCCUGCAUGUCCAGAAGCAGGCCUUAGAGGCGGGCGAAAAGGAGUCCGGCUGUACGGUUCACUUCGUGGACGAGGGUGUGGACACGGGAGCGAUCAUAGUUCAGGCUGCUGUUCCCAUUUUGCCCGAUGACGACGAGGAUUCGCUGACGCAACGCAUCCACAAGGCUGAGCACUGGGCUUUUCCAAGGGCAUUGGCAAUGUUGGCCAACGGAACGGCUCUCAUUUCUCCGGAAGUCAGCAGUCAGUAAAUGGAACAAGCAGGGAUGACUUUAUCUUACUCGAAGACUUUUUGUCAAAUUAGUUAUAAUUAUAAUCUUGAACUUUCAACGAUAAUUUGACGUUAAUUAGUUGUAUAGGAAAUUUUAUAGGCUUAGGCAGCAUUCCUUUUUAUAUAAAAAACUAUUUACAAAAAUAUAUAAAUAAACUUCAAGUUUGAUUAAAAAUAA